UGACAAUAAGUUCACUUCAACCGAGCCCACAAGCUAUAGCAUUUAAGCUAGCUGAUUCUUCCUUUUUUUUUCCCCUUUAGCACUUUUGCCUGCUUUAAAGACACGUAUUUACUAAAUAAUGGUAUGCAGCUACACCUAGCAACCAACUCUUGCAGUCACAGUUGCUCACUUCACCUCAAGAUAAGGCUCGAAGUACACCUAGCCUACGCAGAUGGCACUGACCCUAUCAACAGUGUCAAAGUGAAGGAAUCCAUAACGUCAGCAGUGAAAGGACUGGAGUCGAUUGCACCUCUGGUCCGCUCUGUAGAAGAGACCCCUGAGCCGAUCUCCACUCAGGUACAAGGGACCAUCCCCUCCUGGAUCAAUGGCAACCUCCUCCGCAACGGCCCGGGGAAGUUCGAGUUUGGAAACACACACUACAACCACUGGUUUGAUGGGAUGGCGAUGCUACACUGCUUCAAGAUCGACAAAGGCCAGGUGACGUACAUGAGUCGGUUCCUGACCAGCGAUGCCUACAAGAAGAACAGUGAGCGGGAUCGCAUCGUGAUGUCAGAAUUUGGCACCCUCGCCAUGCCGGACCCCUGUAAAAACUUCUUCCAGCGCUUCCUGUCUCGCUUUGAGAUGAUCCAGCCCACGGACAAUGCAAGUGUGAGCUUUGUGAAAUACAAAGGUGACUACUACGUCAGCACGGAGACCAAUUUCAUACACAGAGUGAACCUAGAGAACCUAGAGACGGUGGAAAAGGUGGACUGGAGCAAGUUCAUCGCUGUGAACGGAGCCACUGCCCACCCUCACUAUGACCCUGAUGGCACCUCUUACAACAUGGGCAACUCGUAUGGGAGCAAAGGAGCCAUGUACAACUUCAUCAGAGUCCCACCUGAGAAGAAAGAUGCUACAGACACCCUACAAGGAGCCAAAAUACUCUGUUCCAUUGUGCCUGCAAACAAGUCCCAUCCCUCCUACUACCACAGCUUUGGCAUGUCAGAGAACUACAUGGUGUUCAUUGAGCAGCCGAUUAAGAUGGACCUGCUGAAGAUAGUCACAUGCAAGCUGCGGGGGAGGGCUUUGAGCGAGGGCAUCUACUGGGAUCCCAAGCUGGACACUGUCUUCCAUCUCGUGGACAAGCACACGGGCGAGGUCAGCUCGACGAAGUACCACACCAAAGCCAUCUCCACCUUCCAUCAGAUCAACGCCUUCGAGGAGGACGGGUUCUUGAUGCUCGACAUCUGCUGCCAAGACGACGGCGAAGCCAUCAACAACUACCUCAUCCAGAACCUACGCAAGUCAGGAGAGGCUUUAGACGAGAUGUACAACUCCCUGAGCAGACCUUUCCCUCGGCGCUUCGUUCUUCCCCUUAACAUAACCAGUGAAACUGAACUAGGCCAGAACCUGAACACACGGCCUUCCAGUAAUGCAACAUGUGUCAUAGUCAGCAAAGAUAAGGUGUUCUGCCAACACGAGGAUCUCCAUGGAGACGACUUAAUCGAGUACGGCGGCCUGGAGUUCCCUCAGAUCAAUUACGACAGAUGUAACACGCGACCGUAUCGUUAUUUCUACGGCUGUGGCUUCAGACACCUGGUGGGAGACUCGCUGCUCAAGAUGGACCUGACGGACAAGACACUCAAGGUCUGGUACCAGAAGGGUUUCUAUCCGUCAGAGCCGGUGUUUGUGCCGUCACCUGACGCUGUGGAGGAGGACGACGGCGUCAUCCUCUCGGUGGUCCUCACCCCCUCACAGGACAAAGGGACAUUCCUCCUGGUUCUGGAUGCCAAGACGUUCGAAGAGCUGGGAAGAGCCAACGUGCCUGUUAACAUGGCUUAUGGCUUCCACGGUGCCUUCAGUGCCUCUGCAUGAGCUUCAAAACAAAGAAUAAUACCUGAAGUAUCAAUUGUUUUAACCACUAUACUCCUGAUGGUACAGAGUGACAGCUGCACUAUGAAGGACAACGUAUUCUCGUACUGACUGAAUGCCGAUGAGGUACUUUUCUAAUGUGAUUUCUGACUGCCAUUUUUUUAGGACUUCUCACCAGCUUUACCUCUUAAUCCACCCAAAUAUACUCAUUAUAUCGUUAUUAAUAAUAAUUUGCCUCAUGCUGCACUCAGGAGAGGGCUCGUGAAUUAUUAAACUGUUUGGCUUCAAACCUGUGAUUUCCAGGUUGCUUCCAAACACCAGGCCACCCAAGUGCCACCUGAUCAUUUUCUAUAAACACAAUCUUCUGUACUCUUUUCACUCUUUUUUUUUUUUUAACUUGAACAGUAUUUUUUACUCUUUGCUAAUUAAACAUUUUUUUUUACCUCUGUGAAAUGGCAAGUGUUGUCUGUGACUCCUACACACACAGAAGCUCCGCCAAGAUAACUUUCAGAAAUAUGCUUAAAUAUAAAAACAGCUAAAGAGAUCAACCCCACCCUUGAUGUAAAACCACAGCACAGACUGCCUCCUGUGUUCUUUUGUUGGCUUUCCUCUCUCGACGCUCUUCUCGCCUCCGUCGCCGUGUUUAUCGCUGAAUUAUAGUUUCCUCAAACGAGGAUCUAAUUACAAUCAUUUCUUUCCCCUGACAGGCUGCACAGAAAACAAAUGCAGUAAAAUCAGUUGAAUGUGCCACAAAAAUGAUGUGUGAAAUUUCAAUGCUCAGAGCAAAACACUGAAUUUUCACUAUUAUCACUGUCACAGGCUGAUUGUUAACUGUUCUGUUUUACAACAUGGAUUUAAAGUGUGAUUACAGGUCUUGGGAAGCACCGCAGCAUACGUGAAAAAAAUAGAAAAAAACUAUUGUGUUGUGACUCCAGAGGAAGCCACAUGUAAUCUGAUUACUUGCCUCCAGUGAUAUCACUAAGUUGCAUUGUGAGUGAUGUUGUCCAUAGACUUUGAAAAGUAAGGAGAAUGUGUGGAAUAAUA